GAUUCCAGUCGACGUUUAGAGCAUGUUACCAUUGAUAGCGAAAUUUAAAGUUGUGAGCGCAGGAAUUAUUAGUUAAUGGUUUUAAAAGUUGACAAGUGCGGACAUCAGGUAGAUUUUUAAACGAAAGUAAAAGUGAUACUGCUAAACCAGUUUAUUAACAUUUAAAAAAUUAUAUCAAAAUGAAUCUCAGUUGCGGUUCAAGGACUAUAAAAUACCUUAUUUUUACUUUCAAUUUUUUUUUCGUGAUAACUGGUAUAAUUUUAAUCGCAGUUGGAGCUAGUAUACAUACCUACUACACAAAAUAUGACUUUUUCCUUAACAGUGAAUAUUUCUCUUUACCAAAUAUGUUAAUUGCUACUGGAACAUUUAUCUUUCUUAUAUGCUUUUUGGGAUGCUACGGAGCAAUUAAAAACAGUUGGAUCAUGCUUAUGGCAUUUUCAGUGCUGUUGGGUAUUAUAUUUAUUUUUGAAUUUUCCGCUGGAAUUGCCGGUUACGUAUUGAGAGACAAAACAUCAAACUAUUUGGAGGAUUCGCUGACCACAGCUAUGUAUAAAUAUAACAAUUCGACAUCAACUGCCACCAUGUGGGAUCUCGUUCAAACAACCUUCACAUGCUGUGGAGUUAAAAGUUAUGAAGACUGGACGUCAGUUAUGAAUGGUACUGAUUUACCCAUAUCUUGUUGUCCUACUAAGCCGGGUACCUCUGGUUCAUUUUAUUGCAACGCUGUAUCUCCUACUAGUAGUACAUCAUCUGAGACAACUAGUGCUACCCCUUCUACCAUUUCUACCCCUACCACUAUCAAAACCACAUCCUCUAGCGCUUCUAGUAGUGUUUUCACAGUUUCCAGCACCGAACCGAGUACAACUCCAUCAACUAGUUCUUUAGCUACUGAAUCUUCCACUUCUCCAGCAACCUCCCCUACCUCUCCUUCUACUGGUGAAAGUUCUACCAAUACGCCUAUGGAUCCAUCUACUGCUCAUCAAAGGAAACGGCGAGAAGCACAACCAACCACCACAUUUCCCUAUAAUAUUGGCUGUGAGACAGCAUUUGGAAAAUGGGUUAAAGCUCAUGCUGUAGACAUCGGAGCAGUGUGUUUUACGUUAGCAGUGUUACAACUCAUCGGAAUCGGAUUCUCCUGCCAUUUGUCCAAACAGUUGAAGAAUUCUUAUUAUAGUACAUAAAGUAGUUAUCAAAACACUAAUUAUGUUAUUUUUUAAGAACCGUUGUUAUUUUUUGAAAUUUUCUUUUCCUUAUUUUUAUUUUUAAGUAUAGAUAUUUUAUUUCAAUAUUUCAAGAGAAACGAAUAAAAAAUUCUUUUUUUGUACUGAAUGUAAGAUUUUUAAUUUUGUACUUAAAUUUUUGGUAAAGAAAAAUCCUAAUUUUGUUAUUAAAUGAAGCACAAUUAAAUUUUUCACAAUUGAAUUUUAAGAAUUUAGUAUAGAUGCUGUAAUGGGCACUUAAUUUUAAUUAGUUCACUUUAGAAUAAAUUCAGUAGUUGUUAAAUAUUGUAAAGUAUUUAAAAAUAAAAAAUUGGAAAGAAAUGUAUACCAGAACGUUAUUGUUAUGAAUUACAGUAUUUUUUAAAUAAAUAACCAUACAUGGU